AUGGUGAACAAGGCACUACUGCGCCUGUUGUCUGCCAUCAAUCGCAGGAGGAUGAAGCUGCUCCUGGGCAUCGCCCUGAUCGCCUACGUUGCCUCUGUUUGGGGCAACGUCGUUAAUAUGAGUUUUCUACUCAACAGGUCUAUCCAGGAAAAUGGUGAACUGAAAAUUGAGAGCAAGAUUGAAGAGAUUGUUGAGCCAUUAAGAGAGAAAAUCAGAGACUUGGAAAAAAGCUUCACACAGAAGUACCCACCAGUAAAAUUUCUAUCAGAAAAGGACCGUAAGCGAAUUUUGAUAACUGGAGGUGCAGGGUUUGUGGGUUCUCAUCUGACUGACAAGUUAAUGAUGGAUGGCCACGAGGUGACAGUGGUGGACAACUUCUUCACGGGCAGGAAGAGAAAUGUGGAGCACUGGAUUGGCCAUGAAAACUUUGAGCUGAUCAACCAUGACGUGGUAGAGCCUCUCUACAUUGAAGUUGACCAGAUAUAUCACCUGGCAUCUCCUGCCUCCCCUCCCAACUACAUGUAUAAUCCCAUCAAGACGUUAAAGACUAAUACCAUUGGGACAUUAAAUAUGUUGGGACUGGCAAAACGAGUGGGCGCACGGCUCCUCCUGGCCUCCACUUCUGAGGUGUAUGGAGAUCCUGAAGUCCACCCUCAAAGUGAGGAUUACUGGGGACACGUGAAUCCCAUAGGACCGCGAGCGUGUUACGAUGAAGGAAAGCGUGUUGCAGAGACCAUGUGUUAUGCCUAUAUGAAGCAGGAAGGAGUUGAAGUGCGCGUGGCGAGAAUAUUCAACACCUUUGGGCCCCGCAUGCAUAUGAAUGACGGCCGGGUUGUCAGCAACUUCAUCCUGCAGGCCCUCCAGGGGGAGCCGCUCACGGUCUAUGGAUCCGGGUCUCAGACGAGGGCAUUCCAGUACGUGAGUGACCUUGUGAAUGGGCUUGUAGCUCUGAUGAACAGCAACGUCAGCAGCCCUGUCAACCUGGGCAACCCAGAAGAGCACACGAUCCUAGAAUUUGCUGAGUUAAUUAAAAACCUUGUUGGUAGUGGAAGUGAGAUCCAGUUUCUCUCUGAAGCUCAAGAUGACCCACAAAAGAGAAAACCUGACAUCAAGAAAGCAAAGCUAAUGCUGGGAUGGGAGCCUGUGGUCCCACUGGAAGAAGGUUUAAAUAAAGCAAUUCACUACUUUCGUAAAGAACUUGAGUACCAGGCCAACAAUCAAUAUAUCCCCAAACCCAAACCCGCAAGAAUUAAAAAAGGACGGACACGUCAUAACUGA